UUUUUAUCUCUGCUUUGUGUUGAUAGGUUGCCAGGCUCUUGAAAGCCGUUUUGGCUGUAAGUCUGACUGAAGGGCCAGGAUCGUACUAAUGAAUAGCAUAAAGGUAAUUAGUCUGGCACAUUUAUGCAAGCAGCUGAAAACUAUCUGGGGGCAGCGACUGGUGCCAGCAAGACCCUGCAGCAUGGUCACCUGCACUCAAAUAAACAAGAAUGCAGCAUUGCAUCCGCUUUGGCAGAGCGAACUUUCCGUUUCUGGGGGCACUCGGCAGUCUCCAAUCAACAUCCAGUGGAGAGACAGUGUUUACGACCCUCACCUGAAGCCCCUGAAAAUCCACUAUGACCCAACCACAUGUCUCUAUAUCUGGAACAAUGGGUACUCGUUCCAGGUUGAAUUUGACGAUUCUGCAGACAAAUCAGUAAUUAUGGGAGGUCCCUUGGAAAACCAUUACAGGCUAAAGCAGUUCCACUUCCACUGGGGAGCCAUAAAUGAAUGGGGUUCAGAGCACAUGGUUGAUAGCAAAGUCUACCCAGCAGAGCUGCAUUUAGUACACUGGAAUCCUGUCACGUCCACAAGCUUUGAAGAAGCUGUCAUGGAGAAUAAUGGUUUGGUUGUCAUAGGAGUAUUUUUGAAGCUGGGAGCUCAUCACGCAGGACUACAGAAGUUAGUAGAUGCGUUACCAGCAGUUAGACACAAGGAUGCAAUUGUUGAGUUUGAUGUCUUUGAUCCCUCCUGUUUGAUGCCAUCAUGCCCGGAUUAUUGGACCUAUGACGGAUCUUUGACCACUCCACCACUUACUGAAUCUGUCACCUGGAUUAUUAAGAAGACACCAAUAGAAGUUGAUCAAAAUCAGCUUGAGGAGUUUCGGAUGCUGCUCUUUACCUCAGCUGGGGAGGAAGAAAAGAGGAUGGUAGACAACUUCCGCCCGCUUCAGCCACUAAUGAAUCGGACCGUCCGUUCAUCCUUCCGAAACCACCACCUACUGAACAUUGAAACAAGACCCAGCGAACUUGCCCACCAACAUAGCCCAUAGGAUAGCCUAAAAAGAGACCUUACAUGUUACAAUAUCUAAAAGUUACUAACAGACACUUUAUUUUUUAAAAUUCUGUAUGUAGUGUGUGUGUACACUAUAGAAUUUCAUGGUCAGUCGUUUAAAGGGAUUUGGAGUUUACUGCUUGGCAUUUUACCUUCAGUGGGUCAUCUUUUCUGUAGAAGUACAUACUUAUUUUUUACCAAACUUUUAAAGCAAGUAGCAAUAACUCAUAACAUGUAUCAGGGGUUAUUUUAAGAAUUUAAAGCAAAAUAAGGGAGUGAGGUUUCACCGCCCUAUCCCAUGUCAUAGUUUGUAUCUCAUGAAACACUUUUGCUUAAAAACUUCUUUUCAAACUAAUAACCCCAACAGAGCAACAAUAGCAGAUUGGGGGCACAAAAAGAAGUCUCUCAUAGAUAACAGAUCAUGUCCACUUUAGGAUUACUUCGGGGAUUACAGCUUUCUAUAGGCAAAAAGAAAAUGGAUAUGCUUUGUAAAGAUUGAAAACAGUUUCUUGAGGAACGUGACACUUAUCCUAAAGAAUGGUCCAGAUGGCCUUUUUUUAUCUACCUCUGCUAGCCAUAGUUUUCUCUAUAUUCAUCAUGUUUCACUUACGUUGUAUGUUUUACUUUGUUUAAUGUCCAUCAUAUGGGUGAAAUUUGUGUACAAAUGGCUAAGUAACUCUUCGUUUCUGAUGGAAACGAAGUCUGUCUUUAGACCAUAGAAGUGAUAUGGAGUAGAUUUGUUGAAGUCAUUUUGGAGAACAAAUGAGAAAUCUUGACCUUAGCUAGUAAAUGGGAAAGACUCCAAUAAUUGAGGUCACUCAAGUGUGAGUGAGAUCAGUACAUUAGCCCUUCAAUGCUAGAUUUUGAGCCUUAUGGCAAGUUUGCAUAUUUGGUUGGAAAACCCUUUGGGGUGGAGGGGUGGGAGGCUCUGUUUAUUUUGAGUGUGGGCUUUUGCCUAGCUCAUUUGAGUGCCUUAUUGUUGUCCAUGCUUCCUUCAUUAACCCUGCCUCUAGCUGAUUGCCUUUUUGCCUUGAGAAUGAAAUUUCCCCCAUCUGCCUUAAAGUGUGGUUCUAUUCUAAAAUGCAACUGUGUGUAAAUGGCUCUUCUCGUUCCCUAGAUCUGCUCUCCUGUGUAUAGGCAGAUCAGAUCUGGGCACUGAAGCGCUACAGAUAGGUUUUCACAUCUGUUAGCCCUUCAAAGCCCCCACAGCUAGGUGGGAUUGAACUGGAUUCCAUUCCUUCUUUUGCAUCAUCAACAGAACGCUUUAUUAACUUUCAAUCACUUGUAACUGAAAACAGUGGCUGGCACAGAUGUCACUGAGGGCAUCAUCUAAAUACCAUGGGGCUGAAAGGAGUAACUGAUGCCAUAAUUUGGUCUGUAGAACCACUUAUAUGCAUGAUUAUGCGUGAGAAUGACAGAUCCCAGUGUGACUCUUGGAGAUAAGGUGAAGUUGCUGGACUCAAAGCUAGGAAAAGUGAGACAAGGUGGAUGAGGUAAUAUCUUUUGUUGGACCAACUUCUGUUGGUGAGAGAAACACGCUUUCAAGCUACAAGAACUGCUCGUCAGGUCUGGGAAAAGUACUCAGUGUAACUUGAAAGCUUGUCUCUUUCACUAACAGUCGUUGGUUCAAUAAAAGAUAUUCCCUCACCCACCUUGUCUCUCUCCUGUUCUAGGACCAACACUGCUACAACAACAGUGCAAACAAGCUAGGAAAAGCAUCAUUUUGCUCUUUAAACUGAGCAUACUUGACCUGGAUUCAUUGAAAGUGAACAUGAAGCUCAGGAAUGCCAUUCCUAUAACUACUUUUCAGAGUGGAACCACACUUGAAGAUGGCAGUAACUUUGAAUCAGUCAUUGAAAGGUAUCUUUUAUACCUUGCCAGACCACGGCCACUCUCCCAGUAAAAAGAACAGGAGUACUAGUGGCAUAAGGUGCCACAAGUACUCCUGUUCUUUUUGCGGAUACAGACUAACACGGCUGCUACUCUGAAAUCUCCCAGUAAGGUAGUGAUAUUUAAACUGUUAGAAAUGGCUAACUAUGGUAUUCUGUAAUCUUAAUAAUGCUGCUUUUACAUUUAAAGGCUAGCGAUGACUAGGAUUCUAUAAGUAAAUAAAUCUUAAGAACAUAAGACCAGCCAUACUGGGUCAGACCAAAGGUCCAUCUAGCCCAGGACCCUGUCUUCUGACAGUGGCCAAUGCCAGGUGCCCCAGAGGGAAUGAACAGAACAGGUAAUCAUCAACUGAUCCAUCCUGUCGCCCAUUCCCAGCUUCUGGCAAACGGAGGCUAGGGACCCCAUCCCUGCCCAUCCUGGCUAAUAGCCAUUGAUGGACCUAUCCUCCAUGAAUUUAUCUAGUUCUUUUUUGAAUGUAUCUUAAAUGUAUCUGAAAUAUUCAUAUGGGUAUAGUGGGGAGAAGUGAUUGUAAAAUGUUCUUUCUGGUAGAAAAACGGAGUGAGUGUUACUUUGAAAUAAGUAGGAACCCUACAAUCACCUCUGUAAGUUACUUUUCUGACUAGUUACUGAUAUAAAUUAUUUUUUUUUUUUUUUUUUUAAGUCACUGACAGUGGAAUGGAUUUUGCAGGUUUUAGAUAAUUUCAUACCCAGGACUUAAGCAUUUUAGUUUCCUUGAUGAGUUAUCAGCAAGUUCUUGUUCUCUUUUGAUUUGCAAAGAUUAUUUCACUAGUUCAUACAGUUUUCAUGAUACACAUAGAUGCAAAAUACAUUUUGUUCUUUGGGGGUAUCGUAAACAUGUGCACACAUACCAGUUAUACAGAUAAUAAGCUGCAGUCAGGAGGUACAUUUCAGUUAGAUAUUCUAUGCUCUGAUGAGGGUAAAAUAUCUGGAAACAGAUUUCAGUAUUAAAGACUCUUGUUACAUUUUCUUAGCACAAUAAACAAGUUUUUUUUACAGGGAUUUUUCUGUUAGUUUCACUACAACUUGUGUCUGCAUCUGUGUUUACAUGUUCAUAUGGUUUUGUGUGUCUGUGGCAAGGAAAGAAUAAUAUUUAAAUUACAGGGUAAAUUGUCACCUGUUCAUGCAAUUAGCAGAAGCUUGACUUUUAUUUUGUACAUGUCUGGUGAUUAUAUCAGUCUUGCAAAAUUGUAUUCACCCAGGAAGAGUGGUUCUUUUAGGAAUAGCAAGUGGGACAUCAGCCUUUCCCCUCAUUUCUCCAUCAUCAUGGUAAAAAGCAAAUGAUUUGAUGUGUUAGCUAAUAGUGGGUAAUUACAUUUCAUGAUGACUUUGCAGGCUUGCGUUAAGUCUGACAGAUGUCCACAUAGUUAUCUUAAGGCUUAACUUACUUUAGGUCGCACAGUGUAAAGAGGUGUGAAUAUAUAAUGACUUGUAUGAUGACCGUUUUAAUUAUUUAAUAUGGCUGUAAUUAAAAGUUUCCACAUUUUUGGGAAAUGUGCAGCUUAUACUCCUAGGAACUGGUGGAUGAGAGGACUUCUAUGGCACUAAUUUACCGCAGGGUAAAGAUGACCUUGGAAUUGGUGGUAUUGAGAUAGGGAAGGUUGGAUCAUAACUGCAGGGCAGUACCUGUCCAGUCUUACUGUCACACUUUUGCGCAGUAAGAGGGCAAACUCAGCACAGGGAGUAUUAUUGUGAGUUAGGUAUCACUCUGAUAAAAACCUAGCUGUCUGGUGGCUUCAUAAUGUUAGAAUGUAUUUGCAACAAAAUAUUGACUACAUUCCAGAAUUCUCAGGCCACUACGUGUGAUUGACUUAUGCUUGAGCUGCAUUGUUUUUUACCUCAAAUCUUGGCAAAGAGAAUCCUUCUUGCCUUGAAAUGCAUAACUAUAUGGGAGAUUAUCUUGAUCUCUCAAAAGUCUGCUUGCUACCAGAGUACUGGAAUUUAAUUAUUCAUGUUAAGGGACCUUUUGGUCCUGGUAAUCUUAGGGGUUGAUAAUGUACCUAACGUUGUAGUGGUUUUCCUUAUUUAAUCUUCAUAUUUGCUGUCAAGCUUGAAAGCCUUCAUUUUUAACCUUAUGUUCCUCAUUAUCUGUACUUAUUUCCUUGGCAGUUAUUGCACUGUGUAUUUUUAACAUAUGUAUGAAUAUAUCCUAUGCUCAUAAUUAUUAUUUACUUAUAGAAUAAUCUGGUAACAUGGAAUAUUUUGUGUGUUUUAUUCUCCUGGGAUAAGUGCAUUUAUUCUUAGUUACCUGAUAUAAAGUUCUUAGCUGCUGUAUUUUUAGAAAAUAUUCAACUAGUACAUUUAUACACAAUAAAAUAAUACAAGAGAA